AUGCUUUCCCGAGGAGCGAUGCAAGAUUGCAUCAAUCGUAUGGUACGAGUCUAUGAAGAAACGUCUGGUCAAAAACUAGACGGAGGGGAAAAUGAAACAGACGGACUCACUCCUUUUGAUGCCUGUAAAUUUCUUAUUGCGAAAAAGAUCAUGGCUACAAGAGAGAGAAAAUACGAUAGAGAUAGUAAGAAGAACCCAAAGGAGGAUUCAACCACGUCUCAUCUACUUCAAGGUGCAGAUGAGCUUGACAAUGAAAAUAAGAAUGAUGGAGGCAUGGAAGGAGUUGUGUUGGAGCAAAAUCUUCCUGAUGAUGCAACUAAAUCUCAGCUACCCUCCAUUGAUAUUUCACAAGCAAUGCUUAAAGUUCAGGAUAUGCAAAAACAAAUUGAUCAAGGUCUCGAUGUUUUCAGUAAGAAGCUAGACGAUCUACAUCAAAUGUCGUUGGAUAUUGGUAGUGAACUCAAUGAACAAAACAGAUUGUUGGAGCAAAUCGAUAAAAAAGUUGAAGAAGAGGUUACCAAACUAAAGAAUCUGAAUGCAAGAGUUGAGAGUGCUCUUGAUAAGGUUGGAGGUUCCAACAAAAUCAUGUGUAUAAUUUGCAUUGCCAUCAUUAUUGUGCAAUUUGUUGGAGAACCUAUCGGAAAAGGAGCAAUUACCCCUUCUCCCACUUUGCCAUCUUCAUCAGCCAAACCAACAAAAAACACAAAACCCUCCAACGCAGAACUUAACAACAGUGGCAAGUUUUUAUCACUCCGAACAUCAAUUUCUCCUCUUUCGUUAAUUACAUUGGAUCCCUUACAAAUUCCGACUGAUAAAAAACGAAUUGGCAGAAUUUCUUCAGUGCCAGAAGAUCUGGUAGAAGAACACCCAAUAAUUGAAAAACCUCCAGUUGUAAAUAUCCAACCCACAAAAUCAAACAUUGAUUCUGAACUGUCAACAGACACAGAGGAUGACAAAGCAAACGAACAAAUCAUCACAUUUGAUUUGGAAAAUGAUCUAAUGACCAUCAAUGUAGUAAACAAGACUGAAUGUCACCUUGAUACAAAUACUUCUUCUCAUCAUCAAGAAACGGACAACUUACAAAUCAAAGAAAUGGCCAACCCUCCCCUAAAUGAGUUUACCUCCAUUCUGGUCAAUGCUAUUGACGAACUAAAUACAGAUACCAGAAGAUCUCAAUCGGUCACCACUCCUGAUUUGAUUUCAAAUAAUCUAAAUCGAUUUUUAAGAUCCGAGUCAAGACUUUCAGAGUUAAGCAUCAAUGACAAGAAUAUGAAUGCAACCAAUCUCUCUUGGUGA